GGCUGAACAAUUUGAGUUUUUUUCGCUGUUCGCUGGCCUGGCUGCAAAAAAAGAACAAGGUGCAAACUACCGAGCUGAAGAAAAAAUCUUAAUUGGGGCGACACAACUGUGUGCUGGACUGUGUGUGUGCAAGAAGAGAGAAAAAUUCUCGUCGUAAAAAAAAAAAUAAAAAAAAAAUUUAAAGUCAACAAAGGCAAAAAAAAUCAACAAAUAUGGGAAAUGAGUCGUCUUUGCCGAUGGAGCUGUGCUCCAACUUUGAUGCCGAUGAAAUUCGUCGCUUGGGCAAGCGUUUCAAGAAACUCGAUUUGGAUAAUUCGGGCGCCCUGAGCAUCGACGAGUUCAUGUCGCUGCCGGAAUUGCAACAGAAUCCGCUCGUGCAACGCGUGAUCGAUAUUUUCGAUGCCGAUGGCAAUGGCGAAGUGGACUUUAAGGAGUUCAUUCAGGGCGUGUCGCAGUUCAGUGUCAAGGGCGACAAGUUGUCCAAGCUGAAAUUCGCGUUUCGCAUCUACGACAUGGACAACGACGGCUACAUCUCGAACGGCGAACUCUUUCAAGUACUUAAGAUGAUGGUCGGCAACAACUUAAAAGACACACAACUGCAACAAAUUGUCGACAAAACGAUCGUCUUCUCCGACAAAGACGAGGACGGCAAGAUCUCAUUCGAGGAAUUUUGUGCAGUCGUCGGCAACACAGAUAUCCACAAAAAGAUGGUUGUUGACGUUUAGUUGCUUAGGUUUCAUUAAAAAAAAAACACAAAAAUUAUCAUACUACUACAUUUACUAUUUAAAAUGAAUUUUCACCAGUUAAAAAUCUCUCUUGAUAAAAAAAAAUGCAAACAAGUGUGCUACUACAUUAAAAAAAAAAAUAAAUAGGAACGUACCUAAUUUUAUCAUCAUAAAAAAAUUUUAAAAGCGAUAAAAGAGAUAAAAAUCAUUUUAACCGACAUUUUUUGCCUUCUUCCGUUUGUUCACGUCGAAGUAAACAUUUAAUAUUAAAAAAAAUAAAUAAUUAGCGAAAAAUGAUGAAUUUAAAUAAAAAUAAAUAAAUAUCAAAUACUAAAAAUCUAAAAUUUUAAGGAUAAAAAAAAUUAUAUUGUAUGUGUGUGUAUGUAAAUAUUUCUGUUAAAUGUCCUUUUUAUGUACUUUUCAUCUCUCAUUAUAAAAAAAAAAUGAAAAAAAAAGUUCUAAAAAAAUCAUAUUCGAAUAUUAUAUUAUAUUACAUUAAAUUUAUUAUAUUAUUACAGAAAGAUGAUGAGUUCUAUUGUUAACAUUUAAAAAAAAAA